GCAAAUUGGAACCUGACUCAAACAAAUAGAUUGAGAAUAUUUCCCAAUUUUAUGGAAUGAAAAGUAUAAAUUUGGACGUACAAUUUCAUAAGGUUCUCAACAAAUAAUCUGAUAUAUCCACCAAAAAAGAAAAAAUCGGAUAUUCACCCGUCCAGCAGCUACCGCGCGCCAUGACCCUCUCCGACGGCCCGCGAGGGUCGCUGAUCCCCAGCUUCCUGUACACCAGCUCGUCAUCCAGCAGGACUGCAGCUCUGGAGAAGCUUCUCGCUCCAGCUGCAUCCACCUCCAUGCCUGCGGCAUCGAGUCACGAUGUGGUGCCGUCUCCUGUCCAGAAGAGCUUCAUAGUUCCGUCCCCGAACGAACCGACCAAGAAGAAGAAGAUCGAGAUGUACUCGCGGGAGUACUACGCUGCCUGUACUGCUGGAGGCAUCCUCAGCUGCGGUCUCACUCACACGGCCGUCACCCCUCUUGACCUCGUCAAGUGCAACAUGCAGAUUGAUCCGGCAAGGUACAAGAACAUCUCGUCCGGUUUCGGAGUCUUGUUCAAGGAGCAAGGAAUAAGAGGCUUCUUCAGGGGCUGGGUGCCCACUCUGCUUGGUUAUAGCGCCCAAGGCGCGGGCAAGCUAGGGUUCUAUGAGUUCUUCAAGAAAUACUACUCCGACAUCGCUGGUCCGGAGUAUGCUUCCAAGUACAAGACUUUGAUAUACCUUGCCGGCUCUGCAUCUGCCGAAGUGAUCGCUGACGUUGCCCUUUGCCCCUUUGAGGCCGUGAAGGUAAGAGUGCAGACACAGCCCGGUUUCGCAAGGGGUCUGGCAGAUGGGCUUCCCAAGUUUGUAAGAUCAGAAGGCGGUGCUCUCGGGCUGUACAAGGGCAUAGUUCCUCUCUGGGGUCGUCAAAUUCCCUAUACUAUGAUGAAGUUUACUUCGUUCGAGACCAUCGUGGAACUUGCCUACAAGUACGCGAUCCCGACACCGAAAGAUGAGUGCAGCGCUCCGUUUCAGCUUGGAGUGAGUUUUGCUGGUGGAUAUGUGGCCGGAGUCUUCUGUGCUAUCGUAUCUCACCCAGCCGACAACCUUGUCUCUUUCCUCAACAAUGCUAAAGGGGCUACCGUUGGUGAUGCAGUUAAGAAGCUUGGUUUGUGGGGACUCUUCACCCGUGGGCUUCCUCUCCGUAUCGUCAUGAUCGGAACUCUCACCGGAGCUCAGUGGGGCAUAUACGAUGCAUUCAAAGUUUUUGUGGGACUGCCCACGACCGGUGGUAUUACUCCUGCUCCUGCUCAGGGCCCCACAGCAGCUGUUGCUGAACUUGCGAAUUAGGAGGGAAUUAGGAGGUUUAAUUAUGUGUCUUUGAGAAGUGAACGGUUGCAUGUAGAGUAGGAGAUUUAAGAGUAGCGUCCAUCUCACCCACGCAAUGCGGCAGAUUGUUUUUAGUGUGGAGAUUUAUAAUACAAAGUAUUUUAGAAUA